CGGUCACAUUUUGUGAAAUCGUAAUACACCUUGCUUCUCUUCUUUCUUCGUCAAAAUCAUGUUCAAAUUGUUGAACGUCUUUGUGGCACUCCUCCUGGUACAGGCUGCUUGGAGCGCUACGUCUCAGGAUGAAGAUAUUGAAACUUCUCAAGAAGUCCAGUCCGACUUAGUGUCGUACUAUGAUCCGUACACCGGAACUGAACUGGACGUACACACGAGCGAUUCCAUUCUUGCAAUGAUACAGGAACGUUCUCUAUGUCAAAGUCAACCGAACGCUUAUGCCUGUUGCGUUGGUGUUCAUAUCAAAAGUAUGAAAGCAUCAUUAUGUGCAAAACUUGUCAACGGCAACGACCCUAAGAUUGAGAUAACAGCAAACGGAAAAACAAUCUUCUCGCAUUCCGCGAAGGCGAACUUGCCUGAAAUGUGUGGUAACCUGUUCGAAGGAGUAAAAGUAUGCGAACAAACACAAGUGUCUGCUAGUAACGAUGGUUUACGGGUUUGCUCGAACAUCAGACUUAAAUACGCUAUGCUCUUUAAGAGUCACAUAAAAAUCCCAUGCUUUAACAUUAACAAACAUGGAAUCUCCGUGGGGAGCUUCGCACUGUUAGAGAAUCAGUAAUGUAUGACGAAUUAUGGCAACUACAUUCCAACGUUAACUUCCGAGCAUGAGACACAAAUUGGUCAAUUUUAUUCGUUGAUUUAAAGAUUAAUUUGUAGUACUUAUUGUUACCUUAUCAGUAUAACGUAUAAUAAAGUUGAAUGGAUUCUGCAUGAUCAUA